UGGCAUGCACACGGGUGGCUGUCAGUCAGUGUGGCAAAGUUAUACCGACAAGAGUGAACCGUACGUCACAGCAAAUUGUUUACUGCUGGCUGGCUGGCUGUCUGUCUGCGCGCACACAGCUGUCGGGCGAGCAAGCGCGGUCGGCAGUACGGGGCCGCCCCGGAGGAGCGACUCGUUAGCAGAUGGCCAGAGUGUGUGUGUGUGUGUGUUUUGCUGGUAAAGCUGGCCAAUAGACAUGGAGUCUCAAAGCCCUUCCACCGAUACCAAAGCCCCGUCGACGGAUUUUGAAGCGAAAUAUGAAAUGACCCAAAAGCAGCUGGACGAUUGCCUAAAGGAUAACGAGAACCUGGUCAUGAAGUAUGCCUACGUGGAAAAGAAAAACAUCGACCUGCGCGCACUGGUGGAGGAGAAGGAAGGGGAACUGAAACGGCGCGACCGCGAGCUGGCUCAGCUGCAGAAACAAGUGGCGACACUCAAGCAGGCGGCCGAACAGCCGAGACACAGCCGGAAGACUGCCGAUCCAAAGGCGCACACGGCGGGCAUCGAGGAGCGGCAGGCCACCGAGCAGAUCGCGGAACUGAAGGCGAAAAUCAUGGAGCUGCAAGCGAUCGAAAUCAUGCUCAAGCACGCCAGCAUCGAGCAGGCGGAGCGGAUCCGAGCGUUGCAAAAGUCCAACGAGGAGCUGCGCGUUAGCCUAGAGCACCGGGAGGCGGAUCACAAUGGCUGCCUGCGGCAGCUAAAGGAGACGGAAGACGACCGGCAGCAGCUCCAGGGACGGAUCAAACAGAUGGCCGGCGAGCAGGAGGCACAGUCAACCCGCAUCGCCGAGCUGAGCGCACGGUUACACGAAGCGCACACCGCAGCGCAGGAAUCAUCGCGCCUACAGCACACCAUCGAGCAGCAGGCCCACGAACGGGAGCAGCUGCAGGUGGCGCUCGACGAGCAGCGGAACGAGUGCGAAACGGUCAAGCAGAAGGAGCUCGAGCUGCUGACGCUGAACAAGGAUCUGAGCGAGCUGAACUGCGUGCUGCAGCAGGAGAUCGCCAAGCAGGAAUCGAACAUGCUGGCCGUCACGCUCGAGUACGGCAAGUUCAUCAAGAUGUUCUACGACUACGAUGCGCAGAUCGUGAGCCUCGCGAACUCGCUCGCCAUCGAGCGGCAGCUGCGGGCCGAGGAGCGCCUGCUGAUGGCGAAACACAUUGCCGAUCGGGCGCGCAAACUGAAACACACCGAGCAGUGCCUGCGACACACGCUGCACGAUCUGGAGGCGUACCGGAAGAAGUAUGGGGCCAUCGUGAAGGAAUUCCAGCGGGAAGUGAAGAACGUGCAGCAGGUCGUCGCAGGACACUGAAACACACGUUACGCUUAAUAUUUAAAACCAAAGGCCAUACCACCAUUUAUUGAUAAAUUCAUUCCAUUUAUUAACGUUAUUCAACGUUAA